AUGGCCCGUACCAAGCAAACCGCCCGCAAAUCUACCGGAGGAAAGGCUCCCCGCAAGCAGCUCGCCACCAAGGUAACUUUCCCGCUUCACUAGGACUUCCCGAUUUUCCACUUUUGUGAUUCAAAAGAAAAAAUGAGUUAUGAGAUUCCAGGCUGCCAGAAAAUCGGCGCCAUCGACUGGAGGCGUCAAGAAGCCCCAUCGCUACCGCCCGGGAACCGUUGCUCUCCGUGAGAUCCGUCGUUACCAGAAAUCCACUGAGCUUCUCAUCCGCAAGCUUCCUUUCCAACGUCUUGUCCGUGAAAUCGGUGAGUUGAAACUAUAAAAAAAAUAAAGUAAAUAAGUUGGGAAUCAAAAAAUAUCUAUCAAGUGAGCUGAGAGAAACCGAGAAAAAUGAUUUUUUCCAUGAACUAGAAGCUCUAUAAUUGAGGGUUAAAACUCGAAAGGAAAUAGAUUUUUUUUCCAUAAACGGAAUACGACUAGUUUGCGGAAAAAUUGUACUAAUGGAGGUUUGCGAGCCAAUGAGCAAAGAUCUCACGACUUUUAUAUUUUGUAGCCUUCUUUUCUGCUUCUCAGCCGCUACAUUCGGUUCAAAAAAGCUUUAGAAAAAGAUUGGAGCUUUUUUUGUAGUUUGAUAUUUCUUGAUUAUGCUCAAAAAUCAGAUAUUUGCGCCUUAUAAUCACAUGAAGAAGCAUUUCAUAUUUGACAAAAAAUUAAAUAAUUCUUCCUUUUUCAGCUCAAGACUUCAAGACCGAUCUCCGCUUCCAAUCUGCUGCUAUCGGAGCUCUCCAGGUACCUUUUCAUCCUUUUUCAACCUCGUCCUAACAAUAUUCCCUUUCAGGAAGCUUCUGAAGCCUACCUCGUCGGACUUUUCGAAGACACCAACCUUUGCGCCAUCCACGCCAAACGUGUCACCAUCAUGCCCAAAGACAUCCAGCUCGCCCGUCGUAUCCGUGGAGAACGCGCCUAA